CGUCAUCAGUUUCUCAGCAACAACAGAGCUGCUAGUUGUCACUAAACGGAGCUCAGAUACAGAUUACUCCUCACAUACUGAACAUGGCUGAAGUUGAGGAAACUCUGAAGAGAAUCCAGAGUCAGAAGGGAGUUCAGGGAAUCAUCAUUGUCAAUUCAGAAGGAAUCCCCAUCAAGACGACUCUGGACAACUCCAGCACGGUUCAGUACGCAGGACUGAUCCACCAGCUGGUGAUGAAGGCCAGGAGCACCGUACGAGACAUCGACCCUCAGAACGACCUCACCUUCCUGCGCAUCCGCUCCAAGAAGAACGAGAUCAUGAUCGCUCCAGAUAAGGAUUAUUUCUUGAUCGUCAUCCAGAACCCUUCAGACUGAACCAGAAGGAGCUGCUCCUCAUUACUCUGUCUAUUACAUUUAAACAGCUGAAUGUUUAUUUUAUGUCUUGUUAAAUCAUAUUCAGGUUGUGUUUGCCAGAAGCUUUUUAUGCACUCGCUGUACAAGGUAAAGCAAAAAGCAGAAUUUGAAGGUGGAUGAAACGUAACAAUAAGAUACAACAGUCAAUCAGUCUGCAGGCAAAUUCAUUUCCCUCCAUGUUGUAUCAUUCCAGUUGUGUCUCCUCGAUGUUUCCUGUAUGUUCUGUCACUGUGAUUUACUGCAGAGGCUUCGAUAACAUACACGACACACAGAGAGAAGAGACCACAACAUGUUUAAGUUCGAGGAUGUUUUUUUUAGCUCCUUCUCAUCAAUAAAAGACCUGGUUUUGUUAUUUAUUGUUCAGUAUUUGACUGGUGAGCAGAGAAUUACACUACAAACAUUUCUCUGCUCUGAAGCCACGUUUGAAGUUUCUGAUGGUUAUUUGUAACAAAUUAAGAAAUUAAAAAAAGUCAAAAUGG